AGGCUAGUACCGCCGCCAUUUUGAAGUCUGGUCCCUUCCUCCCUCCGUCGCAAAUAGAGAAGAUUCCAGUUGUUUUCUGGUUUCGUUACGGCUGAGGAUGCCAGCUCCGAUCAGACUACGGGAGCUGAUCCGGACCAUCCGGACGGCCCGGACACAGGCAGAGGAGCGGGAGAUGAUCCAGAAAGAGUGUGCUGCGAUUCGAUCAUCCUUCAGAGAAGAAGACAACACUUACCGAUGUAGAAAUGUGGCAAAGCUGCUGUAUAUGCACAUGCUGGGCUACCCAGCACAUUUUGGGCAGCUGGAAUGCCUGAAGCUGAUUGCAUCACAGAAGUUCACCGACAAAAGAAUAGGGUACUUGGGGGCUAUGUUGCUGUUAGAUGAGAGGCAAGAUGUUCAUCUACUAAUGACAAACUGCAUUAAGAAUGAUUUAAAUCACAGUACACAGUAUGUCCAAGGACUGGCUUUGUGCACUUUGGGCUGCAUGGGUUCGUCAGAAAUGUGUCGUGACCUGGCUGGUGAAGUGGAGAAGCUCCUCAAAACAUCAAAUUCCUAUUUGAGGAAAAAGGCAGCACUGUGUGCGGUUCAUGUCAUUCGCAAGGUCCCUGAGUUGAUGGAGAUGUUUUUGCCAGCAACAAAAAACCUGCUGAAUGAAAAGAAUCAUGGAGUUCUCCACACAUCUGUUGUUUUACUUACUGAAAUGUGUGAACGGAGUCCUGACAUGCUUACUCACUUUAGAAAGCUGGUUCCCCAACUGGUGCGAAUUUUAAAAAACCUCAUCAUGUCUGGCUACUCUCCUGAGCAUGACGUGUCUGGCAUUAGUGAUCCCUUCUUGCAGGUGCGGAUAUUGAGGCUACUGAGAAUCCUGGGCAAGGGUGACGAUGAUUCUAGUGAAGCUAUGAAUGACAUUCUUGCACAGGUUGCAACAAACACAGAGACGAGUAAGAAUGUAGGCAAUGCAAUCCUGUAUGAAACUGUUCUCACAAUUAUGGACAUCAAAUCAGAGAGUGGAUUAAGGGUAUUGGCUAUUAAUAUCCUUGGACGUUUCCUUCUCAACAACGAUAAAAACAUCAGGUAUGUGGCUCUGACGUCUUUACUGAAAACGGUGCAGACCGAUCACAAUGCAGUUCAAAGACAUCGGAGUACCAUCGUGGACUGUCUGAAAGACCUGGAUGUCUCAAUCAAAAGACGUGCAAUGGAGCUGAGCUUUGCUCUGGUCAAUGGAAAUAACAUUCGAGGAAUGAUGAAGGAGCUACUCUACUUUUUGGAUUCUUGUGAUCCAGAGUUCAAAGCAGACUGUGCAUCAGGCGUCUUUUUGGCCGCUGAGAAAUAUGCACCUUCUAAAAGAUGGCACAUAGACACCAUUAUGAGGGUGUUAACAACGGCAGGGAGCUACGUCAGAGAUGACUCUGUCCCGAACCUGAUUCAGCUCAUCACAAACAGUGUGGAGAUGCAUGCUUAUACUGUGCAAAGACUGUACAAAGCCCUGCUGGAUGAUAUUUCACAGCAACCUUUGGUGCAGGUGGCAUCCUGGUGCAUAGGAGAGUACGGAGAUCUGCUAGUCUCAGGCCAGUGUGAGGAGGAGGAGCCUAUUCAAGUUACAGAAGAUGAGGUCUUGGAUGUUUUGGAAGGUCUCCUCAUCUCAAACCUGUCCGCUCCUGUGACCAGAGGUUAUUCUCUGACUGCUAUAAUGAAGCUGUCUACUCGAUUCAGCGGCGUGAACCGAAUAAAGAAAGUGGUAUCGAUAUAUGGCAGCAGCAUAGAUGUGGAGUUGCAGCAGAGAGCUGUGGAGUACAAUGCUCUUUUCAAGAAAUAUGAUCACAUGAGGCCUGCAUUAUUAGAGCGAAUGCCCAUUAUGGAAAAAACUGCCACUAACGGUCCAACAGAAAUUGUACAGACUAAUGGAGAAACAGAAACCCCUGGACUGGACACAAAACACCCACCAAGCAUCGCUCAAACAAAUCAGGCAAAUGAUUUGUUAGACUUGCUUGGAGGUAAUGAUAUCCCAGUGAUCCAAACGACUCUACCUACUAAGCCAGCAUCAGCUGGUGGAGAGCUACUUGACCUCCUGGGGGAUCUCUCAAUUUCAGGUGAUCCAGCCCCUGCCCCUUCUGUGCCUGUGUCCCAGCCCCCGUUCCUCCUGGAUGGCCUGUCUUCACAGCCUCUCUUUAAUGACUCCAAUGCUGCAGCUAUUCCUCCGAUGACUGCAUACAGCAAGAACGGCUUGAAAAUCGAGUUCACGUUUGAGAGGUCCAACCCGAAUCCCAACAUUUCAGUGAUUACCAUCAAUGCCUCCAACAGCGCUGAGGCAGACAUGACUGACUUUGUAUUUCAGGCUGCUGUACCAAAGACCUUCCAGCUGCAGCUUCUCUCCCCCAGCAGUAAUGUAAUUCCAGCACAUAACCAGGGAACUGUUACACAAGUCAUCAGAGUCCAUAACCCACAAAAGCAACAGUUGCGAAUGCGCGUCAAGCUGACGUACACCUACAAAGGCUCUCCUGUUCAAGACAUGGCCGAAGUCAACAACUUUCCCCCUCAGUCCUGGCAAUGAUUGUGUUUUCUCAAUCUUAAAGAACCCCCACCUAGGGAACUGCGGCAAAGAUUGCCCUUUCUUGUCCCAGAUUGGCCCCCUUGUGGUAUCACUGCACAUCGCUGACCUGGGCUUGCAUGGGAAGCAGUGGAAUUUUCUUAAAACACAUCUGAAGAAUUGAUGGUAUGCAGGCCACAAUUCCAACGACAAUGAUGAACACCCCUCUCCUCUGGUUCAGCCCACCACUUUCUGUCUUUGUUCUUUUUUUGUUUUUGUUUUUUUUACUUUGGAAUUAGCAAAUAACCUUUACUUUUGCACACCGGUACUUCGCUCGGCAUACACAGAGGCCCUGUCCCACUUGCUAUCUGAUGAUGUAAUACCACUCAGAAGAGCUUGUUGAUAGGAACGCUUGUUUGAUUUAUCCGCAUUUCUUUUCUUAUUUUAAUAUUAACUGCUAAUGGGUUGAGGUUAGUUUUAAUAAAUUCUAUAUAUGAAGUCUGAGAGUCACAUGGUUAGAGAUGGGGCUUAAAGGUAUAAUGUGGCAUUUUAUUGUUUAUUACAGUGUCCUGUAGUUAUAUGAUUGAUACUCCAUAUAUAAUCAAUGUAGUUGUACCAUCUGUGUUUUUUGCUGCUUUAACAAGUCCAUGUGGACUGAUGCACUCUUAAUAAACGUCAGAAAUGCUAGACCAUUGAGCACAUGUUAAGACCACCCUGCUAAAUGUACAUUUGAAUAAUUAAUGAAGAAAGAUGGAUUUCUAAUUAGGGAUGCCUUUGGGUAUUGAAAGAUGUUGAAUUGGGUCGACUUUAGCAGGUGGAAAAGAUCAGUCCUUUCAUACACUUUAUAUAAGACACAUUUUGUUCAAAAAUGCAUAUUUGGGUUAUAUAUUGUUUUUUAUGAGGUAUUGGCUAAGGAACUGUUGGAGAUUUAAGGUUAUAAAUUGGCCAAGGCAGUGCACAAGGCAGUGCACAAGGUAGUGCACAAGGUAGUGCACAAGGUAUAGUCAGAUAUCAGUGGGAUUCUUAGAAAAGCAGUUUAGAUUAUUACAUUAAUCGAUUUCAUUUGGCCUCUCACACUAGGGGGCGCCACAGUGAAUCAUUCGUCUAUGUUUUUGAUUUGGCUUUUGAGUUUUUUGCCCACCGCCCUUUCUGAUGCACCCGUCUUAUUUAUCCUGGCUUUGGACCGGCACUAAGGGCGCACUGAUAUGUUCGAACCCCCGUAACUCAGGCACUGCUGUUACCAGCAACAUGGCUCUUAACAUGACGCCACACAAGCUCACAUCAUUACAUUCCAGCACUGAAAUGGAUUUUCUAAUCAAUGGUCGACAGGUACAAACAUGUAGUGCUCAGCAUAGAUGUGAACAUACACUGUAUGUAAAAGUGAAUGUAGUCAUAUGCACUGAUUUGGAUUUUUUGGUUCUUGUCUUGUUUUCUGCAGUUACUAAAUGCUUUUUUCAGCAGAGACUUAUACGAAGACUUCUUUUGCCUGAUUUAAAGCAUCGUGCCUUUUUGCCAUGACCAGUAGAACGGAGUCCUCGGAGAUCUUGAGAUUGCUAGAUGGCGCAGGCACAGGGCAAGUAGACUUUCUAUAAAACGGAAGAUGUUUAAUCUUUUUAAUAUUUAGGUUUUCGUUACUCUGAGAAGGCUUUUUGACAGGUGUUGCACGUGCUGAAGGUGGUUGACGGUAGUUAAAAGCCCUGGAGUUUGUUUCUGUUCUUGUAGAUGGCUGUUUAAAGAUGUGACAUAAAUACAUCAUAAGUAUUUUUUCACACUAGCAACACAACAGCCAUGAUAUCAAGCUGGUAAGCCAUCUUGAAAACAUCCAUCUUGUUCAUACAUUUUAUUAAUAGCUAACUCACCAGCUGACUUGCUCCCACUUCACCCUAUCAGUUAUAUUAUACCUACACACAGUUUUUUGGAAUAUGUUUAAUUUUGUUUUGUUUUUUGACUUUUGGUGACCAAAUGUGCGAUCUUGUGUGAUGUUCUGCACAUGUUGUGUAUAUGAGGUAAAAAGAACGAUUGCUUUCUUACUUCGCAGUUAUGUUCUGGGAUUUUUCUCUCUCUCUUUUUUUUUUUUUUUUGGAGGGGGGUGUAAGACUUUGAGUUUAUCUAUACAAAUCGAGGGCUUUUAAAAUACAUAAUCUGUUUCAUCUCUGUUUUUUCCCCCUUUUUUUAAUAUUGACCCUGUUCUGAAAGUUUCUUCUAGUACUGCACCGUAAUCUGAUAGAAUCAUUGUCUAGUUGAACAGCGUCCCUGUUUGAUUAUUUGUUCUGAUAAAAUGUAUAAUCUGCUGCCUGUAUAUUGUAUAUAAUGUAAAAGUUAACAAAAAGAUCCAAUCAAAUAAACUCCCAUUUAAAAUCCUGUGGAGAUUAGGGACUAAUCUUAGGAACUGUACUUGUACACACUUGUAAAGAGUUAACUGUGACUUUUAUUUAGUUCACUUCUCGUUUUCUUAUCAUUUGCUAAUUAAGAAUAUGGCUGUUAGAAUGCUGGAGGUUUGGGAUGCACUACUAAAAGCAAAUAUUGCUAAACAAAAUAGCCAUCCAGGACUAGGAUCUUUGCACACACCAUCGAUCUUACACUUUUAAUUCUUAGAAAUGAAUUCCUUUGACUUUAUUAGUGGUUUUCCGUCAAAACCUCUGGAGUCUUAAUGAUUCGGUGGCACAUCCGUCCUGAAAAGAACAAACUUAGCUCAGUCUGGUCACACACUCAUUACUGUUUUAGUGUUAGCUUCAACUAAACCAAUCAAUAAUACAUUUAUUUCUGAUUUGGUUGUUCUGCUUCAUGCUUGUUUCUAAGACAGCACUUGCCUUCCUGCAUUUUGCUAUUCAAACGAGGGCCAAGUUUAUUGAUCCUGUAUUGAAUUGUUCUGAGCGUGUAAUCCUGGAUCUGUGAACCUGCAAUGUACAUCAUUUAAAUUUGAUAGGGAAUAGGAAAGAUGGAUCUCUAAAAGGGCGUAUGUUGAGAAAUAUGGGUGCAACCAGAAACCCUGAAGAGAGUUUCUCCUUUUUUUCGUCAAACUCUUAUUUGACAUCUUUUUCAAUCAGCUCAUGAGGUGUGUGUAUUUGUGCAUCGCUGGCGCUACAGAUGCAGUGGGUGGCCUUGCUGCACCUUUCACUCUGUUAAACAGUUUUUUGGCUGCAGUGAUUUUUUUUCUUUCAACUCUGCUUCUGGAGGUGCAUGUGAAAGCAGAUUGUAAAUAUUGUCAUUUUUACUCUUUCUGUAAACUUCCUGUCAAUGCAAGAGACGAUGUGAUGAUUUAAAAACCCCACUUCCUUGAGAUAUACCUUUUUUGGAAAAAAAGUUCUAAUGACUCUCCAUGUUGAUUGAGAGUCGCUUUCUUGACCUGGUGGUUGAUUUUGGGGGACACAUGCAUCUGGAUGUAGUUGUUUAACCAUGUUGAACGCGUUAUGUAUCACAUGCUUCCGAAUCCCGUUUGUAAACUGGUAAAGCUGUCGGUUGUUUUGGACUUUUCUCUAAAUGAUCAGACUCCUUCCCGGCCAAUUUAGGGUUCCGACUGUCCAUCCACAUCUGGGUGUAUGGAUAGUAGGAGGUGGUUAUAAUGUCCCGUACACCCCACCACCAAUAAAUUUGUCAUGCUAAACAGAAUCACAGUGUCCCAUGUGUUUAAGGAGUGAGUGCUGGACUGAAAAUAAUUCAUGAGGAAUGAAAAAUAAAUUGUAAUCUAUUAAAUGGAAUAUUUUAGACUUAUGCUGUGUAUUAUUGUCUUUGGGUUGGAUAAAAUGAUGACCAAGAGAAAUAAAAAAAGUAAAAACUGA